GUGUGUACGUUGAAGUUUGUUGGUGUUUGGUCGUACCAUAUUUUUUACGUUAAAUUUGUAUGUGUAUUUAGUAUACGUUAUAGCAGUGUUAAAUGAACUAUAUUUUAGUCCUUUAUUGUUCUUUGCAGUUUACGUGCGUUAUUUUAUUAUUAUAAAUCAAACGUGAUCUGUGGUUAAAAUUUCAUGUUGUUUUUUUAUUUUUAAUUAAUUAAACUUUCUUAUAUUUGUUCGUAUCAACUAAUUAUUUAUAUUAAAACGUUAACGAGUCAAACGGAUGUAUUUUGUCUGAACAUUUGAUCAUCAUGUCUGAUAUACGAAACAGUUUAUGGGCACAUCCACCUUUACCACCUGGUAAACGAAUAUUAGAUCGUUCAAAUUCUGAAGAUAGAAAAUCAACUUUUGGAUUUAUACGAAAAUUUCCAUCCGUCCGCCGCAAUAGCAAAAAAGAAAGCAUGAUGGAUACCACUUAUGAGAGUUUCGAUAGUCUAUUCGAAGACAAUGAUAUUGUAUUGGUCGAGACCGAAUAUGUCGAAGAUUCCAAUAAAAAUAAAAGACCAUUUACGACAAUGUUCAGAAGUCGAUCUGAUGGAAAUUUAGCUGGGUCUUCAAAAAGUAGUUCGAUUAUGUCUCACGAGUCUGCAGAACCAAAAGGGUUUACCAAAUAUCUAAGAGCGCUGAGUGGAAGUUGGAAAAAUUUGUUAAAUAUUAGCAGUAUGAACAAAACUCAGAAAAACGUUCCUCAAGUAAAAAAAGUACCUCCGCCAGCCAUUCCAGAUUCAAUUGCAUGUCGACAUUCAGGUAGUAGCUUUGGAUCUACGGGAUAUAGUAGCUCCAGUGAUGACGCAUUUCUAGAUCCAAAUACUUGUAUAAAACCAGAUAUCUAUGAUGCAGCAGAUACUUACUCCCCUAUUGGAAAUAAAUCUCCAUCAUCACAAUUUAAUCAUCCAGCUUUCACAUUUCCGGGAUCUACUUCAUAUUCUCAUCCCUGUGGAAAUAUAAAGAUGUAUUACCAUCAAUUAUCACUUCAGGAAGAUCAAGGAAUUGAUAUGACUCAAAGUCCUGGUCGUGAUAGUCCUGGUUCAUCUGGUUCUGGUUCAGGAUCUCGUCACUCUACAGCAAGUUUAGAUAGUGGUCGUGCUUCAGGGUGUCAUCUUCGAGGAAACACUCAUUGGCAUCCAGAACUUAGUCCAUCUACUAGAGUAGAAAGACUUCUCAAUCAAGGUGUUCCAGAUAAAGAUAUAAUGUACAGUUGGUUAGUUGAUCUACACCUAGAAGAAUAUUUACCAUUGUUUAUAUCUGCUGGAUAUGAUAUGAGAACAAUUUCAAAAAUGACACCAGAAGAUUUAACUGCUAUUGGGGUAAAAAAACCAAAUCAUAGAAAGAAAUUAAAAGCAGAAAUUGGCUUAUUAAAUAUAUCUGAUGGACUAUUAGACUAUAUUCCUGGAUCAUUAGAUGAAUGGCUUAGAUUGCUACGACUUGAAGAAUAUGGAUCAGCGUUAGAAGCUCAAGGUUAUUCUACAAUUGAUGAUGUAACUCAAUUAACAUGGGAAGACUUAGAAGAUAUUGGAAUUGUAAAACUUGGACACCAAAAAAGAUUAUUACUAGCAAUAAAACGUGUAAAAGAUAUUAAGGCUGGCAAAUCAUUUGUACCUCAUUCUCCAUAUAUUAUUCAAACUCAAGCCUGCAUCGAGUCGCCAUUAAGCAUUGUAAGCAGCAGUUCUGGAUGUGGAACAAGUAUCACUAACAUAAGUUGCGGUACAGGCAGUGUUGAACUUGAUUUGCCACGUGUUCAUGCCACGUAUCACAGCUUUCAUCAACCUUGGGAAUUAGAAAGUAGCAAACAACUAUAUUGCCAAACAGAUAUUGUCCCUAUCAAGCUAAGAGGAACACAUCGUGGAAAAUCAUUAGAAAGUUUGCAUGAAAGUAUCAAUUCAACAACUGGAGGUACAAGUAGCUUUGUUGGUCCACCACAGUGGAGACAUCAACAAAAAAGUUUUGAAGAUGGUGAUUUAACACCAACAAAUGAAACGUCUAUUAUUCAUGAAUGUGGUGGUACAUUACCUAGACCAAGAGGAUUAGUUAAGCCAAGAUUAGUGGCUAAAGUUCCCGCUUUAUUUACUCAACAAAACAUAGAAGACUGUUCAGGAUUAAAUACCUUGAAACGUAGGCCACCAUCUCCACCUAAACGUCAACAGUCUUGUGAAGAUAAUAAAAAGUGUCAUCAAGUAACUGUUGUUGCUGAUCUUCAUUGUGUUCCGACAUUACAAUCUAAAUCAUUGGGUAAAUGGACUACAGACAAUAUGUCUCCUAAGCAUAAUUUAGAGGAUCAUAUUGGAUCAAAUGCAAGCUUUAAAUCAAAUUCAAGUACUGAAUCAGAUACUAUUCCAUUUGCCAAUGAAAAUGCUGGCACAAUUAAACAGAGAACAAUUAGAUCUACAAAUGAAUUAAUUCAACCUAUUCUUGCUGAAGGAUCUCAUUCUAUGCAUACAACUUCAAGUUAUUCAUUACUCUCAACAACAAAUCAAUUUUCGCUAAUGCCUCCAAGUGGGAAAAAGGAGCCAGCUGAUGUACUUAAUGAUAUCGGAAAUAUGUUAGCCAAUUUAACUGAUGAAUUAGAUGCCAUGUUAGAAGAAGAAAAAAGACAAGGUCUCAAUGAUUAAAUUAACUAAUUUUGUUCCAUCCAAUGAAAAAGAGACAAUUUUUAUGUUCCUUUUUUAUUUCUGUGAGUUUUAGGAUUCCAAUCGCAAAAAAAAAAUUGUAAUCUUAUUUACGUCUUACUAAACUGUCAAUGUUAGGCUACAAAAAGAAAAACACCAAUUUUAAUUAUAUUCAAUCCUUACUCCUAGGUUUUAAUUUGAGUUUACAAUUUUAGCUGAAUAGCUGAUACUAUCUCUACUCAUCUAUUUAGCUAUAUAUUAUAGACUAAUAUAGAUUGGAAUCAGCCUUAUGAAUUAUAUAUAUUAUUUCAAUAAUCACAAUUAACAAUGCCAUAACUCAAAUUUAUUUUUAAAAUUUUAAGAUAUAAUAUCAUAUAAUUUCUAUGCAACUAAAAUACUAUACUUGUUACUAUUAGUGUAGACAUAUCACCUUAAACGUCUUCCUG